AUGGUGGCCACAGGCGUGCCGGAGCUCUUCGAGGAUGAAUCGCAUUCAGUGAUCGAGAUUCGAACAGACAGCCUCCAGACGCUUAGGGAGCUUGGUCCGCCUGAUCUUGUGCAUCUCAUCAAGCAACCCACCAAAUCGUCAACCGCGAAGCAGGUCGGCGUGUAUCACCAUGUUACCGGAAUCGAUGCCUCCUCCUCCGCCAGCUUGGCCGCGUACACCAACACCCUAACCUACGCUCCCAGCAAUGCGCCAAUGAAAGUUACAUCUGGACUGUAUUGUUGCUACAAUGCCUUUUCGAGAGUCGAUAUGCGAGUACAGGUCCAGAUUCCCGGCACUGUGGAAAGCUAUUGCGUAGAUGAGCGAGGUAAUAAGCUUGAAGCAACGGAAGAGCAUUGGCUAGAGACAUAUCUUUGCAGCGUGUUGAGGGCAUACUCGUACGCGGACACCGGCUCAGGAGAUGUGAUCAAGCGCAUAAUAGGUGUGAGGAGGUUCAAUCCCAUCACGAGCACAGAGCAAGAGCAGAAGUUCCUGGAUGCAGCAGAGAAGCUGUUCUUCAGCGGCUGGCAAUUGGGCUCAGAUCCAGAGAUUCAGGUACCGAACCUCGUCUCGAAUCACCUCACAUCCGGCUUGCUCCACUAUAUCAAGACCACGGGGCGGUUCGCGUCUGGCAUCAACUUGUUCGAGAAGCUGAGAAUGCGCGAUCCAGAAAUUUCAUCACUCCUAGCCCGCGUAUAUAUCGCAGCAGACGAGGAAGUCAAAGCGGUCCGUCUACUUCAUGAAGUCGUCCAGGAGCUGCCGAUGGACUAUUCCAUACUCGACUGCCAGGCCGAGUUCUGCAACAAGAAGGGUAGGGGUGAUUUGGCGCUCGAAAUCGCCAAACGUGGCGUGGUGUCUGCGCCUAGCGAGUUCUGUACCUGGGCCCGGCUAGCUGAGGUUUAUGUCGGAAUGGAGCAAUGGGAUAUGGCACUUCUGACGCUCAACUCAUGCCCAAUGUUCACUUACCAGGAUAAGGACGCACCAAGGUUGCCCGAGCCGGUUCGGAUAUCUCUUCCUCUUGCACCAGAAACGAUGUGCGACGAAAUCGACGAUGCCGGUGCGACUCCAGACGCCGAUGUGGUACACCCAACGCUGAGAAGGUUGUCUGCUGGUAACUACAAAGGCACGUUCCUAAAGGCAUACAUUCUGCUCACGGAGAUCACGAAGAAGAUUGGCUGGGAUCAAUUACUAAAGAUUCGAAGUCAAGUCUUUGUGAUGGAGGAGGAAUAUCGCACCGAAAAGCAGACGACUGGCCGUACUAGCAGGAAUGCCAGCACUGUUGCUCUCAGAGGCACGGACACACCUCAGCCAAACGGCCAUGGACUGGCAGAAGAAACACCAUCAGAAGCUGGAACCGAAGACAUGAUCAAUGGCGAAAGCGAACCCUCAAUUGCCUCAUCACACCUUGACCCCGACGUAUCCAAACCGUCGACUUCAGUCACCGUCCGCACGAAUUCCGAGACACCUCAACCCCAACCACCCAACACCGACCCAGCGCACCAGUCAUACACGCAAUUCCAACACAAGCGUCUUUGCGAGCGUUGGCUCGACAACCUCUUCAUGGUGCUGUACGAAGACCUUCGCAUAUAUACCAUAUGGCGAACAGAAGCGUCACAGUACAAGCAACAGCAGUUGGCUUACAAGAAGAGCGCUGAAGAGUGGGAGAUUUUGGGUGACUUGGCCGAACGGCUUCACCAUCCUGACGAAGCGAUCGAAGCGUGGCAGGCAUGUCUGGCUACGCGGUACAGCCCCAAGGCGAUGAGAGGCGUGCUGAACUUGUACGAGCGGAAUGGUGACGGGAGAGGCAUGUUGGGUGCGCUGAUACGGCUGAUCGCCUGGCAAUACCGGUGGUAUUCAGAGUUCUCCCCCGACCUCCUCCUCACCAUCCGAAAACUCAUCGAAGAAGAAGGCGCGGUCAAAGUCCGGAGCAUCAUCCAAGCAACAAGCUUACCGCAGCACAUCCUUGACUUGACUCAUCAAUAUGCGGCGCUUUGUGCAGCGUUCAGGAGCAGUGGCAGUGAUGGAUAG